UUGUGGUUAAAUUGCCCAGCACUAAAGUAAGCCAACGCGUGCUUCUUAUUGUUUAUUAUUUAUUAAUUUUUUAUAAUGGCAAAUAACUUUAAUAAAUUCCGCCAAGACGCAGUCAAAAGAGAGUUACCGAACUCUGAUGAUGAGGAAGAAGCGGCGCAAUUGGCGGAGGAUGGGGAUAUUUGUGAAAAUGUGGUAACAGAGUUCCCAUUUCAAUUUAAUCUUAAAGAUGAGGUUGCGAUAUCCCUGCAACAGGAUUAUGUGCUUAGUUUGGGUGCGGAUACACUGUUCACACGCCUGGCCGUAGGUCUAUCAAACAAUGCGGUACAAAUUCAUGAUAUUAAUCCGGCCGGGUCAUCCAUUUCGAAUCACUACAAUCUGAUGGAUAAUGGCGAGGGCAGUAAGGUGUCCAUAUGCGGUUUGCGUUUCCUUGACGAUACUCCAAAUCUGCUCCUGGUGGGCUCCACAGAUGGCCCGGUGCGUCUGUUCGACUUGCGUACAUCCGCGGAACAGGCCAGAUAUGAGUACAAGACACAGUCCUUUGACGUGCCCGAAUCCAUAACCAGUUUCGAUUCUAAUGCCAACGGAAGGAUUAUUUGCUGCGGGACGGAGCAGUACAUGAGUAACACCUUUCUCCUGUUCUUCGAUGUAAGGACACGCAAGCAGAUGGGUGCCUUCUUUGAGAGUCAUGAGAAAGAUGUGACCAGCGUGCGGUUCCACAAGAGUAAUCCAGAUCUCUUGUGCUCGGGCAGUGUUGAUGGGCUGAUUAAUAUAUUCGAUAUUAAAGAGCCGGAUGAGGAUGAAGCCCUACAAAAUACCAUCAAUACAGAGAGUAGCGUCUAUCGUUUAAAUUGGCAUAAGAAUGUCUAUGAGAAGGAUAUCAUCUCGUGCAUCACAUCAACUAACGAUUUCAAGAGCUAUGAAUGCGGGGAGGGUGACGAGGUCGCGUCCUUUGAACGCCCCGAAAUAGUGACAGGCAUAAGGCGUAAAAAUCCCGCAAAUUUCAACUUGAUCAACGCCCACAAUAUGACGGAUAACAGUAUAUUCCUUCUUGCCGGCACGAACCAUAAAGAAGGGGAAAUUCUGCGCUCCGUUGGUGUCAUGAAGAACAAACUCCAGCCUUUGGCCAAUUUCACCGGCAAUAAGCAAAUUGUUCGAGAUAGUUUGUUUGAUGCAAAACGUAAUAUUUUAUUCACCGGCGGCGAAUGCGGUUUUAUUACUCUCUGGACAAGCGAUACGGUGCCUGAAACGAUCAAAACCAGUGGCAAGAUGAAGGUCAAAACAAAGUCAAAUAAAAGGACACCAUACUAAGAAAAAAGUUAUUUGAAUUUGGAAUAUACCAAAACAUGUUGGAAAUUGAAAGGAUUACGAAGUUCCUUUAUAAAGCUUAAAGAUGCCGUGAUGUUGUAUUACAGAAGUUAUACAUUUUAUAAAAUAUGAUGAAUAUUACAUAUUUCAAACUGAAUUUGUUAAUGUUAUCGCAUCCCAACGAAUAAUAAAUUAAAUAUUAAAAUUAA